AUGCUUUUUCAUGUCCUACGCUCCCUUGCAUUUGAGGAUAAUGCCUCUCUCGCCCGCCGAAAAUGGGAGUUUCGUGACGAGGUUCCUCUCGUGGGCUCCGACCGGUCGCUCUUUAUUACCAUGGGUGUGAUUGCUCUGCUCUCCCUGGUGUCCUCUCUCUUUUUGCUUUCCUUUUUAACCUAUCGAUUCGUUUACUGGCAACGAUACUACAAGAACCCUCUGGCCAAGAACCAAUAUGUCGUUCUGAUUUACAAUUUACUUCUCGUCGAUUUGCAGCAAGCCAUUGCCUUCCUAAUAUGUCUGUAUUGGGUCUCACGGGGCAGUGUUCACUACGGCGAAACGGCCUGCUAUCUACAAGGAUGGUGGAUUAUGACAGCCGAUCCAGGCAGUGGACUGUUCGUUUUGGCUAUUGCUCUACACACAGGCGCAAUCGUCAUGCGUGGUCGUCAACUAUCAUUCCGUACUUUUGCAUGGUGUGUCGUUGGACUGUGGGCAUUCAUUUUGAUCCUGGGAUUUAUCCCAGUCGGUCUAUAUGGCAAGAAAGUUUUCGUGGUCUCUGAGGCCAAUUGGUGCUGGUUGAGUCCGCAAUAUGAAAACGAGCGUCUUUGGGGCCAUUACAUUUGGAUUUUCAUUUCUGAAUUCGGCACGGUUGCGCUUUACGCCGUCAUGUUCUUCUAUCUCCGCCGACGUAUGAACCAAGCGAAGAUCCUCCGCCGUGGCCAGCAAGAAAGUUUACAACGUUUGAAUCGUGUCGUCAUUUACAUGGUUGUCUACCCGCUUCUAUAUCUGAUCCUGUCGUUGCCCCUCGCCGCGGGCCGUAUGGCCACCGCAAGAGGCGACGCACCUAGCAAAACAUACUUUGGUGUUGCUGGUUCCCUGAUGGCCCUAUCUGGGUUCUUCGAUGUCAUGGUUUACACUUUGACACGUCGUCAUUUGCUACUCGACACCGAACACAGCACCACCGACCACAACUACGACAACAACACCGACUCACAAUGGCAAACCAAUAUUACAACUCAAGGUGGCUCUAAGUCACGCAAGUCCCGUAACAAAGGAUCCCGCCUCGGCUCUCGAUUCCAGAAGAGCGGAAACCACGUUGACGUCAAGGCAGCGAGUCCAUUCGACGACUCGACUGAUGAUAUUGUCAACAAGAAUGACAUGGAAAUGUCGAAUUUUGGUGGUGUGUAUCAAGAGACUACGAUUGAAAUUUCGCACGAACCAGUUUCUGCAUAUGAAUCUGAUGAGCACACCGAGCGCCAACACGAACACGAGCACGAACAAGCACGCCGACCCUCUUGA